AACGCGCAGUGCGCGUCCUCUGCUCACUGACGUCACUUCACUGGCGGAUAAGAUGGCGGCGGCUGCGGCGGCUCUUGAGCGCAGCUUCAUGGAGGUGUGCGGCUUUGAGCGGGAAAGUGUUCGCCGCUUCAGAGACGUCACCGUGAACACCGGUGUUCCCCUUCCUGGCGGCCUCAGGUUUCCAGACAGUGCUGGAGCAUUCCAUUAUGAGGAGAGUGGGAAACUGCUUUCAGUCACUAGCAACAGAUUCAUACACUGGUCAACAUCAGGUGACUCCCUGCAGCUGAUGGAACAGUCUCUGGACGCUAACCUGCUCAACAACGCCGUCAGACUCCGCUUCACCAACUGCACCCUUCUCCCAGGGGGCGUGGCCAUUCAUGAGACCCUCAACCAUGUCAUCAUCCUCAUCUGCACCAAUCAGAGCGUGUACAGGCUGGUGCUGCCACACCCUACACGCAUGUACCGCAGCGAGCUGGUCACAGAGCUCCACCUACAGUCUGUCUUCACUGAUGUGGGAAAGCUGAGUCUGCAGGACUCCGCCCACAGCGCCAUCAUCCCCAGCUCAGCAGGACUCACAGGAACUCCCAGCAUGUCUGCCGUCUGGCUGAGUCACCAGGGACAUGCCCACUAUGCCCUGGCUUCACCUUCAGGGGGCAUCGUGGUGCUGACUCUGCAGCCUCAUGACACACGAGGCGCCAUGGCCGUGGUGGAGUUGAAGAGGAGCUCGGUGAUGAAGAGGAUUUCAGGCUGGAUGCCCACGGCGAUCCGUGGUGAACACAGCGCCGCAGACCUGGCUGUCAGCCUGGCAGUCAGAGAGGUGGAGGACGACUCGUUCAUCUUUGCGCUGUGUCAGGAUCACAGACUGCGCAUGUGGUCCUUGAGGGAGCAGACGUGUCUGCUGGAGCUGGACAUGUUGGAGCACAUGCCGGCGACUAAAGGUCCGACACGAGUGUCCACUCUGGGUCACCGCCUCCGGCUGACUGUCUCCGCCUCCACCGGCCUGUUACUGUGUGUUUACCUGUCGACACCUGAGCAGGCACAGUUCACCGUCCUGCAGCUAGUCGCCACCGACAACAACCGCUACAACCUGGAACACAUGUCAACGCUCAACAGCACACAGGAGACUCUGGUGGAUUUCCAGCUCACCUCCACAGACGUCUGGGCGCUCUUGGUGGACGAAUCCAACACCACAGUCGUCAAAUACAUCAACUUCCAACAUAACUGUGCAGCUCAGUGGAACCAGGUGUUUGUUCAGCCUCCACCAGAAGAAGAGGUUCAUGUCGAAGUAGACCAGGAUCCCAGAGAGACGUACCUGGACGUUCUCUUCAAUCCUAUGAAGUUCACAGCUUCAGCCAUUCUGAAGGCUCUACAGAUCUACCGUCGUGGCUCAGACAGACUCACUGAUGUUUCCUGGGACACUCUGAAGAAGGAGGUGACUGUUUCUGUGGAGACGGAGCUGCAGAGCAGCAUCACAGAGUUUGAGUUCUCCCAGGAGGAGUACCGUCAGCUGCAGGUGGAGUUCUGGUCCAAGUUCUACUCCGUCUGUCUGCAGUACCAGGAAUCAGUUUCCACGCCGCUGGGUCUGAGUGUCAGCUGCCACACAGGUCUCGUCUGUCUUCUCAAGAAGGGCCUGAUCUCCUUCCUCCUGCCGUGUUUUGCUGUCGACCAUCUUUAUCUGUGUAGUGACCAAUUUCUUUUCUCUGAGGAGGAGACGCCAGUCACUGAAGACCCAGAAGUGGCCCGGGAUGUCCUGCAGCUCGUCCACUGUCUGCAUCUCAUCAGUGAGGCUGUUUCUGGUCCAAUGGCUCAUGAGAUGGAGAAAGCUCUGGAACAUCUGGAGUCUCCGGCACGAGCGGCUGAAGUUAUCCUGGAGAAGCUGCUGUCUGACAGUGAUGACGUGAUGGAUGACAUCCAGAACAUACUGCACGACAUCAGGAACCCCACAGCGGCCAUGACGGUCCUGCAGAGGGAGCUGGACCUGGAGACUGAUGGUGACAUCACAGAAGGAGCCACGGUCACACACGGACUGAACCUGAACACGAGGAUCAGUGUGUCCCAGCUGUACGGCAGCAGCGUCGCCGUGUCGCUCGUCUGUCAGGCUGUCGCUCGCAUCGCCAUGACCAGAGCUCAGCUCUGCAGGGACAUGCUCGUCCUGCAGAAGCUCUUCGUGCGCUGUGGGGACAACGUGUUCCCGGGGGGUGGGGCUCACCUGCUGCAGCUCCAGCAGGACCUGAUCCCUCGCAGCGUUCAGCUCCUCUCGUCCUAUCACGUCCUCCAACACGUCAGUCAGAGCCUGGCGUCCUCCGUCCCCGUCGACAUCAUAGACGCUAACCUUCAGCACCUCACUGUGUUGGAGCUGCGUGACACUCCGCCUCUGUCCAGCAACAUGUCAGUGCUCAGUCCUCAGACUGUGUUGGAGCUCUUCUAUCAAACUGUGGCGAGGAAACUCAUCAUAUGUCAGAUGGACUGUGAGCAGCUGGUCUGGAGUCACAUGAUCUCCAGCAUGGUCCACCUGCUGGCUCAGCUGCUUUGGCCCAGUAACCCUGGUUUCCAGUUUCCUGAAUGUCUGAUGACCAACUGUCAGUACACACAGCUGCAGGAGUACGUGCGUCUGAUUGGUCCGUGGUGUCAGGUGAACAUUGGCUCGUGUCGCUUCAUGCUGGGUCAGUGUUACUUGGCCAACGGUGAAGGUCAUAAGGCUCUCCAGUGUUUCCAGGAAGCAGUGACUGAGGUGGAGAAGGAGGAGUUUCUGAUGAGACUUACAGGCCCUGAGGAUGAAGAAGUCGCUGCCUCCUCCCAAAGAUUACAGUACUACAACAAGGUGCUGCGGCUGUUGGAGGACGUCGGUCUUCCUGAGCUUGUCAUCCAACUGUCUUCUCUGGCCAUAACAGAAGCUGUUAAUGACGUCAGCAGCCAGGCGGCGCUGUGGACGCGGAUCUUCAAGCAUCAUCUGGAUCUUGGACACAACAGUGAAGCUUAUGAAGCUCUGAGCCAGAAUCCUGACAACAGCAUGCAGCUGGAUUGUCUCCGUCAGCUCGUGGUGGUUCUCUGUGAACGUUCUCAGCUCCAGGAUUUGGUUCAGUUUUCAUAUGUCAACCUGCAUGAUGAGGUCGUUGGCAUCAUUGAGUCAAGAGCCCGAGGUUUGGAUCUGCUGACUCAUAACUACUAUGAGCUGCUGUACGCUUUCCACAUCAACAGACACAACUACAGGAAAGCGGGGACAGUCAUGUGUGAGUUGGCGAUGCGUCUUGGUCGUGAGGUCCGGACUCUCCUUGGUCUUCAGAAACAGGUGAACUGUUACCUCGCAGCGCUCAACUGUCUCCGUCUCAUCAGACCGGAGUAUGCGUGGAUUGUCCAGCCCGCCUGUGGCACCAUGUAUGAGCGUGCGGGAGCGUCUCCAAAGAGAAACAGUGACGGCGAGUUUCCCUCUGAACCAGUCAAGCGUCAGGUGGACAUCCUGGAACUGAAGGACCUGGAGAAGGAGUACUUCCUGUCUUGCAGUCGCCUGACACUCGCCCAGCACCACCCACCAUCUGCAGCCAUCGCAGGAAGUGCCUCAGCGGUGGAGAUGGUGUCUUUGCUAGUCCAGUCGGGUCUUUUUGACUCAGCUGUGUCUCUGUGUCUGACCUUUGACCUCAACCUGUCUCCUGUCUUUGAGGGGUUGAGCUUUAAGUGCAUCCGACUUCAGUUUGGGGGGGAGGAGUCUCAGAAUGAAGCUUGGAGCUGGUUGGCUAAUAACCAGCUGUCAUCUGUCGUCAACACUAAAGAAUCCAGCGCCACAGACGAAGCGUGGCGUCUCUUGUCCUCAUACCUGGACAGGUUUCCGUGUCCAAAUGCUGGGUUCCAUCGCUGUGUCCUCAGUAAGCUGCUGUCUCACGGCGUCCCGCUUCCCGAUUGGCUGGUUAAGUCAUAUAAGGCUGUGGACGCGUCCUCUCUGUUGCGUCUCUACCUGAACUUUGACCUUCUGGACACGGCGUCCGACCUCGUCAUCGACUACGUGGACGCCGUCCUGGGACGAGGACACGCCGACUUUGGAAUCGAGCGCCCCCUCUCUGCGACCUCGUUGUCGGGGGCGUGGCUUCCGUACACGUCCAUCGAUCAGCUGUUGCAGAAGCUCGCAGACACUCAGACCAGCAGCAGAGUUUAUAACAAAGUUCGGGACAAACUGGACGAAUAUCACCACCUGCUGGCCGCGAGCACGCAUCGCAGGCUCGCCUGUCAGUCAUAGACUCCUACUUUGUACUUUUUCAUUAAACUUUUUCACUCUU